AUGCAGACACACUACUAUCAUUCCUCGAGUAGCCCGAACCAACCAGGAGGGUCAUAUGAACUUCCUCCGGUGCACGCGGUGACCUCGCCUCCAGCUCCAUUUCAACCGCAUGGGCCCGCACCUGCUCCUCUACUCUCCGCUCCGCCGAGUCGACCCGACAGCGGGUUGAGGAUGGCCCAUCUACUGCAACCGUUGGCACAACAUAUGCCCAAUCCCCCACCUCCUCCCGUUACAAACGCUCCCACCUACGCUCGUUCAUACGAGUCGAGUGGCUCUCCUGCUGAAGGCGCAUCGAUGCUCGCCGAUGCGCCUCCCCUCAAUGGUCCCGGAUUGCUUCAACCGAUGGGCGGAGGUGCUGCGGCUGGACCGCACCCCCAUCAUCAGUCACAGCAGCCUUUGCAGCAAAAGAGGGCCUAUCGACAGCGAAGAAAGGACCCCAGUUGCGAUGCCUGUCGGGAACGCAAAGUCAAGUGUGACGCUUCCGAGUCGUCCAGUUGCACAGAAUGCACCAACCGUAAGGUGCGCUGCCAAUUUACAAAGGAGACGAAUCGACGCAUGUCUUCAAUCAAGCAAGUCCAAGACCUCGAAAAGCAGCUGCUGUCGACCAAGCAACAACUACAGCAACUCCGGUCGGGCAUGUUACGAUCGGACAAUCUGAUGGAUCUGGAUAUUGAUGGUGCGGGGCAGCCUCAGCUAAAGCUUCCGGACGCCGGGUAUCGUCCCCCGCGCCGGCCACAAGCGCCUGUGAUGCAGGAUCUGGCCGAGGCUCGCGCAAAUCUGCGAAAAUACGGCAAAGGGAUCCUGAGGGUGCCACCUCCAUACCGUCAGCCGGGCCCCAAGUCCUUGAUCACCGCUGAUCCUCCACGCCUUCCCCCGAAGGAGCUGGCCAAUCGCUUGCUGGGACAGUAUUACGCUUGCAUUCACUCCGUCCUGCCUGUAAUCCAUUGGCCGACUUUUGUCGCCCAAUUUGAGGAGGUCUACCAAGCAGGAACCCUCCUCGGCGUGCCCCGUGAAUGGGCCGCGGUUCUAUUUGGAGUCUUUGCAUGUGGGCGUUUGCACACCCUGGAAGCGAAUCAGGAACAGGAAGGCAAAGAAUUUGUGACCGUCAGUUGCGGGGUGAUCGAUGUAUGGCAGGACAACUUCACCCUGGACCAGGCACGGGCGGCGCUGCUGGUCAGCAUUUUCUUGUACGAGGUUAAUUCGCAGUCGGCGAGUUGGGUCUGGAUUGGGUCCGCCAUCCGAGUCGCGCAGGAGAUUGGCCUGCAUUUGGAGUCGGGCCCUUGGCCCCCUCUGGAAGGCGAGAUGCGGAAACGGUUAUGGUGGGGGAUGUACACCUGGGAUAGGCUACUCGCUUUGGAGAUGGGAAAACCAGUUCUCAUCAACGAUCAAGACUGCGACGUGGGCCUCCCGUGUCCCAUCGACGAGCAAUAUCUUUCUUCAGACGGGGGCGUGGUGCCGGAAAGCCCCCAAACGUCCCCAUUACUGGCCACCAUUCAUGUGGUUCGAUCGAUCGGCCAGCUGUCCCGAACGUUGAAGAGUCCGACAAUGAGUCUCGGAACCCUUGAAACCUUCGAACGACACUUUAGCACCUGCCUCGCAACCUUCCCUCCUCAAUACCACCCUACAGCCGACCAGUAUCUCGACCCCCGUACCCUCGCCCCGAUUCUCUACCUCCAAAAUGCUCGCCUGAUCCUCCACCGUCAUAAUAUCUCUCCUUUCUGUCCUCCUGAAACUCGAACAUCAUCAUUGGACUAUUGUGUUUCCACUGCUCAGGAUACCGCCCGCUUACUUUCCCGCUGUAUGCGACCACCAUCCAGCCCUGGAAGUGGGUUUACGGCCACGAACGGUGACGACUGGAGGCCCCUGCUGGCAUCCUCCGCAGGAACCAUGCUGUGUGUGCACCUUUGGCGCUGUGCACUUCUACUCCUCUUUCGCCAGGAUUUCGCUUCUGCUCUCGUCUGUGUCCAGGCGUGUACUGCUAUUGGUGAUUCGCGCGCCGUGAAUAUGGCCUGUGGACGCUAUCUUGCGUUCUUCCUCAAAGUGGUUUUGGACCGGCUACGGCGCAACGAAUUAGCAGUGCUCGAGCGUGACGAAGAGUUGAUGGUUUAUGUAUCCGGCGACAUGCAAGGAAGCGCUGAAGGUAACUGGGUCUGGCAGGGCAGUGAGACCGGCUCGCAGCUGGAAGUGAUGUCGCCCAAAGUCAGCAGCCCGGUGGCAUAUUCCCAUCCGGAGGCCAAUGCAGGGCCAGAAGGGUGGGAGGGGUGGAAGUGGGUAGAGCAGACGGUGCAUUACCUCCACGAGAGACAGCAGCAGCAACAGCAACAGCAACAACAAGAUCUUCAGCAUCGUACCAAGCCCGCAGAAACGGCAUAUCUUGGGCCGGAAUCAGCCACCGCGAGCUCUGAUGCGACGACUCCGCAGUCGAGCUCGUCUCAUUCGCGCAUGACCAUCGCGAGCAUUAUCUGA